AUGGGGAGUGCGUCCAGUUCGCAAGCACAAAACGAGUCUCGAUCGGUUAAAACCGUUUACGGUACUGUCGUAGGACGUCGUUUCGUCUUUGGCUCCAAAGAGGUCGAUGCGUUCCAAGGCAUUCCCUUCGCGAAACCACCUGUUGGUGAUCUGAGAUUUAAAGCGUUUGGACCACGAGGAAUUCAAAAAGAUGCUCUUUUUGAAAGAUGUAAGCAUGGGAGAAAAUCAGAAGAUAAUCUCUAUCUGAAUGUAUUUUCUCCUGCUUGGGAUCCCGGCAACUCAACGAGGUUCGCUGUUCUGGUCUUCAUCCAUGGUGGUGGCUUCAUAAGUGAUAGCUGUGUCAAGUACGGGGACGAACGCAUUUGCGAACACUUGUGUACAAAAGAUGUAGUAGUCGUGACAACCCAGUACCGCCUCGGGUACCUUGGUUUCUUCUCAACAGGAGACGAACACUGCCCAGGAAAUUUCGCUCUUUGGGAUCAAACUCUGGCACUCAAAUGGGUUCAGGAGAACAUCGCAUUUUUCAAUGGUGACCCUCGAAACGUUACCGUAAUGGGUCAGUCAGCGGGCGGAGCUUCUGUUGAUCUUUUGAGCAUUUGUCCUCAUUCACGAGAUCUCUUCCAACGAGUGAUACCAAUGGCAGGAAAUGCAAGCUGUGAGUGGAGUACCCACAAUAACAUGGUUGAAGUAUGUCGGAAGUUUGCAGAAAGCAUAGGAAUCAGCGAAACUCAUCAUAGCCUCAAUAUGAUCAACGGACUUCGAGAAAUUGAAGCUUCAAAGUUUGCUCUUUCGCUCAUGGAGAGUAUGUCAUCUGCUUCGGAUUCAGAACUAUGUCCAGUCGCCCCACGAAUUGAUGGUGACUUCAUCACAAAACCAAUCGAGCAGUUGCGGAAGGAAGCGCCUGGGAAACCUAUGCUCAUUGGUUGCUGUGAGGCGGAAGGUCUGAUUAUGUUACUAGGAAGGAAAGCGUCGGUCAGUGCCUUGAUGGAGCAGAUUUCGAAGCUGGUUCCCGAAUGGAAGUAUCCUUCCGAGUUUAAACUUCUGCGACGAGAUCUUCUGCGAAAACUGAUUAAUGAUGAGGACAUGAAAAACUCGGAUCUGGUCAGGAGAGCAUUUGUUGAGCUCCUGGGCGAUCUUUUUACGAACAUCGGCGUUCAAAAAACGGUUCUUGAAACAUUGGAGGCACACAAAGUACCGGUCUUUUUCUAUUCCUUCGACUAUUUCAAUCCAAAGAGCUGGGGACCUCUGGGAUUUCGAAUGCCUUUUAAAGCCGCAACGCACUGUACGGAGUUAGCUUACAUUUUUGGCCGAGGUAUCAUCUGGAACUUCAGCUUCAAUGAGGAUGAUAAGAAGAUGUUGGAGAUCACAACCAGGAUGUGGACAAAUUUCGCCAAAUACGGUGAUCCAAACGGAUUGACGACUGCUGAUUCCUUGUCACACUUAUUGAAAAUGCCCAUGGAAUGGGAACCAGCAACUAUUGAGAACCCCCAAAAACAUUUUUCCAUCUCGUUGAAGCCACAAAUGCGUGAAAAAUAUAAGAAUUCGAGGCCAUUGUUCAUAAUUGAAAUGCAACGAGCACAACGCAGAGAUGUACAUUUCUAG